AGCGGCGGAGGUGAAGGGCGGCGGGAUCGGCGGGACCAGCUGCCCGGCGUCUGCCCGGCGUCUGCCCUGCCUGUUCGCCGACCCCGGCCGUCCCAGGGGCGUGUUGGGGCUUGUCUCCGCCCGGGCCGCCGCUGCAAGAUUUCCUCUGCUGACGUGUGUACCCCAAAGCGAGAGCUGUGCUUGUCGCCUCUUCCGUGCAGCGUUUGUAAGAGAACUGGGAAGAUGGUGAAUGUGCUGAAAGGUGUUCUGAUUGAAUGUGACCCUGCAAUGAAGCAGUUUCUGCUCUACUUGGAUGAGUCAAAUGCAUUGGGAAAGAAGUUCAUCAUACAAGACCUGGAUGAAACUCAUGUCUUUGUAUUAGCCGAGUUGGUUAACUUCCUCCAGGAGAGAGUGGGCGAGUUAAUGGACCAGAACUCUUUUCCUAUUACUCAGAAGUAAAAAGAUUAGAGAAAUGAGAUUACUGCAAGUUUUGGAAUAGUGAAUUUCAGUAGCUUGGGUUGUUACUGUUUUAAUAGAUACACUGUGGUUUGUAAGUUCUACGUGGAAAUGGCUACUCUAGAAAAUGAAUAAUUUUCUUGGACAAAAUACUCUUGAAUUGGAUUUUGUUGCUCAUUCUGAAAAAUUAUGGUAUCUUUAUUAAAAUCCUUAAAACUAUACACUUGAGGACUUGUCUAGACAAUUUUGAUGCAUGCUCUCCAUUUUUCCUUUAGGUUUGUUAUCUUGCAAGAUGGUAUGAUCCAAAAAUUAAUGUUUCCGUAUUGGAAUGGUAUAUGAAUUCCUCUGACACAUUACAUUCCUGUGGAAUUGAUUAAAUCUGGCUAUAGUGUGACUGAUAGAAUGUGAAGAACAUCUAUGAAAGUAUGAUCUGUGCUUGAUGGAACAUCUCUGUACGUUGAAAGUGUGGUCAGAUACUGCUUUCACUUAAUGGGUUUUAUACACCUAAAUGAAAGUUGGUGUGAGUUUUUUUGGGGGUUGUUUUGUUUGGGGGGUUUUGUUUGGUUGGUUUGUGUUUGUUGGGGUUUUUUGCUUUUUUCCAAACAUUUUACAAGUGCCCCAUACUACUUGCCUACUUUUACCAAGGCUGUGCUUUCUGUGCUGUUCUUGGGUUGGGGAAUGGUGCUGGGUAUCUAGGAUUUUGGUUGGGAAGAGGGGGGAUGUGGAGGGAUGGGAACAACAAAAUCCAUUGCCCCACAUAAUUAUGUUUAUGUUUUAAUUGUAAACCGAUUACUUGCAUAUCGACAUUAGUAAAUUAAAGGGAUAACAUAAACUGGAGACCAAUGCUUUAGAUAUAAUUUCUUGUGUUUUUCCAGCGAAGCCAAUACCUAGUCACAAGAAGCUAUGUGAUCAGAAGGGGAAAAUAAAGACUUGCUUGCUCUA